GACCGCUUAAUCCAUUUACCAUUAAACCCGCCACUUGAUAUUCAUAGAAAGAAAGAUAAUUAACGAUUCGAACAAAGUAUGCAAUUCGCAUAACAACACUGGCUUAUUAGUACCUUAAUUUUAGCCUGUUUAUCUAUCUGAAUAAUAUUGUCAGCGGGGAAACAUUAGCUUUCCAUGCAUACGAACCACUGUGCAUGUAAAUACCUUCGCUGAAGUAUUGAACCUUGAGCUAUAAGCGAACUUUGGCAAUCAGCUGUUUUUAGCAAACAAUCUACAAAACAAUAUCGCUCAAUUUUGAUAAAGUUUGUUGAUGAAAUAGAUUAGACGAGUGUUACAAGUUUUUGAAUAAUUACUCUUCUCGUUCAUAUUCAUAACCGUUUGCAUGAAGCAUUAUUAUACAUAGCGAUAGAAGAGAAGAAGAACAUCAUACAUUCCACGUGAAAGCAACCCCUAACAGCAGUGUGAUCAAUUUCCUGGCAGUAAACAUGUAUACACAUCUUUCGGGAGGUCGUGCUAACAUACAACUGCUACAAGAAGCCGCUGUACGUGAAUUUGUUAAGAUUCUUGAUCGAUGCGAGGGUACAAAGGCUAUCAUAUGGGAUGAGUCAUUGGGCGGACCUGUUGGGCUUGUGGCAAGGUAUACGUUCCUUAAGGAGCACCAUGUCACAAAAAUGUAUCCACUGCGCUCGGAAGCUUGGACGGACAUCGAUGUGAAGAACAUUAUCUUCAUAACACGCCCACAUCAGACGCUGAUGGAUUACAUUGCCAACAACAUCCACGAAGAGGAACGCAAACGAAAAGUUUCACGGAAGGAGUAUUUUCUCUAUUUCCUUCCCAAAAAAUCCUUUCUCUGCGAAAAGCGACUCCAGAUCAAAGGCGUGCACGGCAGCCUGUCCUACAUCGGUGAGUUUCGCUGUGAGUUUUUCCCAUUCGACAAUGAUCUCCUUUCAAUGGAGCUGAAAGAUGGCUACAAAGAGAUCUAUAUCGAGGGUGACACGAGUUCGCUUCAUCAGUCGGCGUGUGCACUUGUCGCACUGCAGAAGCUUUAUGGGCGCAUUCCAAAGGUGUACGGAAUUGGAAGUUAUGCGCAGCGUGUUUGGGAGAUUACAAAAGCGCUGACCGAGGAGGAUGGGCAUGCCAUGAACAACGAAAAAGGUGUCAUCGAUCAGAUGCUCAUUAUCGACCGAUCGACCGACUUGAUGAGUGUGUUGGCAACGCAACUUACCUACGAAGGACUAAUAGAUGAGAUUUUCGGCAUCAACAAUACGACGGUAAAUCUGCCGGCGGAAAAAUUCAACACAGGCGAGGGUCUCUCAACCGACAGAAACACGGAGAAAAGCCAAUUCAUACUGAACUCGAAGGAGCAACUGUACACGGAGCUGAGAGACAAAAACUUCAACGCGGUCGGAGCGGUGCUGUCCCGCAUGGCCAAAUCAAUUCGAUUGCGAGCCAACGAAAACCAUGGCGAAAAGUCCAUUCAAGAGUUGAAAAAGUUCGUCGAAAGUCUGCCACACAUCAAAUCCAACGAGCAAUCGCUUGCGACCCAUACCACGAUCGCUGAGCUGGUGCAGGAUGUGAUCUCAUCGCACGCAUUUCUAGACGUGUUGGGCUGUGAGCAAGAAUUCCUGCUCUGCUCUGAUGUGGACAAACCGAACAGCUUCAUCGAGGAUAUGAUUGCGAAGGAGGCACCACUGCGAAAUGUGCUUCGAUUGAUUUGCAUGCAGUCGAUCGCCGGAUCGGGACUGAAACCGAAAGUAUUAGAUUACUACAAGCGUGAGCUGGUGCAGGUGUAUGGCUUGAAAACGCUACUUACACUGGGUAAUCUCGAGAAGGCUGGCCUUCUUCGACAGCAGACCGGCUCCCGUACCUAUCACGUGCUCCGCAAAACUCUCAAUCUUACCGCAGAAACACCGGAGGAAGUGUCUCCGAAGGACAUUACGUACGUGCAUAGUAUCUACGCGCCGCUCUCCGUUCGUAUCGUUGAGCAACAUCUGAAACCCAAUGGAUGGCAACUGUUAACGGAGAAGCUGUCCACCUUGCCGGGACCAACGUUUGAAGAUUUUCAAGUUUCACCCAGUUUGAGCAGUCGUCGCGGUUCGUUCACCAGUGAAAUGUCUCAAUCCGACAUCCCGCGCGUGAUCGUAGUGUUUUUCAUUGGAGGCUGCACAUUUGCAGAAAUAUCAGCGCUACGAUUCCUUGCGCAACAGGACGAGAACAACGUCGAGUUCGUCAUCUGCACGACGAAGUUAAUCAAUAAGAACACGUUCCUGGAUUCGUUUAUUGAAAGUUAAAGCAAAAAUAAGUGUGCAGUAUCAUAUAGCAAGAAGGCAAACUUUGCUUGUUUGAAAGAAUCAGCUAUAAAAUCGGGGAUUAAAAAUAAAGAAACCAUUUAUUUUUAUUAUCACACGUAUACAA